AGGCGCCAAGUGCGGCGGGCUCCGGCGUGCCGGAAGUUGUGCUCUAAGUGAAGGGUUUUUUUCCUCCUUUUUUUGCUGGUGGCUGUGCUUUCAAUUUAGAAAGACUCGGGUGGUCUGUUCUUCACUACGGCUUCACCCUCAGAUUUCCGGGAUGUCUGCGAUUCCUGCGGAGGAGAGCGACCAGCUGUUGAUCCGACCCCUGGGAGCUGGUCAAGAAGUAGGAAGAUCAUGUAUUAUUCUGGAGUUCAAAGGAAGAAAAAUAAUGUUGGACUGUGGGAUCCAUCCUGGCCUAGAAGGAAUGGAUGCACUUCCUUAUAUCGAUUUAAUUGAUCCAGCAGAGAUUGAUCUCCUAUUAAUUAGUCAGUUUCAUCUUGAUUCCCAUAAUUUAUAUAGUAUAUUUUUAAGAAAAUCUUCAUGGAUAUAUCAUCCCCAGACAUCAAAGACUUAAAAAAAUCUUAAUUCCUUUUGCUGGCAUCUUUCAAAAUUUAGUAACAUAUCAGCAGACGACAUGCUGUAUACUGAGACAGAUUUGGAAGAAAGCAUGGACAAGAUUGAAACUAUCAACUUUCAUGAAGUUAAGGAAGUUGCAGGAAUCAAGUUUUGGUGUUACCACGCAGGCCAUGUCCUGGGAGCCGCCAUGUUUAUGAUUGAGAUCGCGGGCGUGAAGCUUUUGUACACAGGUGAUUUCUCAAGACAAGAAGAUAGGCAUUUAAUGGCAGCUGAAAUUCCUAAUAUUAAACCUGACAUUCUUAUCAUUGAAUCUACUUAUGGGACCCACAUCCAUGAGAAACGUGAAGAGCGAGAAGCAAGAUUCUGUAACACUGUCCAUGAUAUUGUAAAUAGAGGGGGCAGAGGUCUCAUUCCUGUCUUUGCUCUUGGAAGGGCUCAGGAGCUGCUCUUGAUUCUAGAUGAAUAUUGGCAGAAUCACCCAGAACUACAUGACAUUCCAAUAUACUAUGCAUCAUCUUUGGCCAAGAAGUGCAUGGCAGUGUACCAGACAUAUGUAAAUGCAAUGAAUGACAAAAUUCGCAAACAGAUCAACAUCAAUAAUCCCUUUGUUUUCAAACACAUUAGUAACCUCAAGAGCAUGGAUCACUUUGAUGACAUCGGUCCUAGUGUUGUAAUGGCCUCUCCAGGCAUGAUGCAGAGUGGCUUAUCCAGAGAGUUAUUUGAAAGCUGGUGUACUGAUAAGAGGAAUGGCGUCAUUAUAGCAGGCUACUGUGUAGAAGGGACACUUGCCAAGAUUUUAGUCCAUGGAGAACAGAAUGAAAUGGCCAGAUUAAAAGCAGCACUGAUUCGAGAAUAUGAAGAUAAUGAUGAAGUUCACAUAGAGGUUCAUAAUCCUCGGAAUACAGAAGCAGUGACCUUAAACUUCAGAGGAGAAAAACUAGCCAAGGUUAUGGGCUUUUUAGCAGACAAAAAACCUGAACAAGGCCAACGAGUCUCAGGAAUUCUUGUUAAAAGAAACUUUAAUUAUCAUAUACUUUCUCCUUGUGACCUGUCCAAUUAUACUGACUUAGCCAUGAGCACUGUGAAACAGACCCAAGCCAUUCCAUAUACUGGUCCCUUUAAUUUGCUCUAUUACCAGCUACAGAAAUUGACAGGUGAUGUAGAAGAAUUAGAAAUUCAAGAAAAACCUGCUCUGAAAGUGUUCAAAAAUAUUACUGUAAUACAAGAACCAGGCAUGGUGGUAUUAGAAUGGUUGGCAAACCCUUCUAAUGAUAUGUAUGCAGAUACAGUAACAACUGUGAUAUUGGAAGUACAGUCAAAUCCAAAAAUAAGGAAAGGUGCGGUACAAAAGGUUUCUAAAAAAUUAGAAAUGCACGUUUAUAGCAAGAGGUUGGAGAUCAUGCUUCAGGACAUAUUUGGAGAAGACUGUGUAAGUGUAAAAGACGACUCUCUUCUUAGUGUCACAGUGGAUGGAAAGACUGCUAAUCUUAAUUUGGACACCCGGACUGUAGAGUGUGAAGAAGGAAGUGAAGAUGACGAAUCUCUUCGAGAAAUGGUGGAACUGGCUGCACAGAGACUGUAUGAGGCCCUCACACCAGUUCACUGAUAACUUUCUGUAUAUCUUAAACCUUAAACAUUUGAUCCUACUUCUAUUACUUAAAAUAAAUUACUUUCUCUGGAGUUGCCUAUUUA